ACAAUCAUUCCAAUUGAAAGAGUUCUUGACUAUCAUCAAGUUCAACAUGCCGAGCAAUAUUUAAGAUAAGGACGGCGGAAUUUAUCUUGUUUCAUAUUGAAUGAAAAAAUAGGAUGGCAAAAAGGAUGUAGAUAGGCCUUGAUAUAUUUAUAAUCGUUCCUUCAGUCUAUUGUGUGUGUUGCAGUUGAAUGCUUUGUUGGUGAUAAGGGUAGCUUUUUGACAUUGAAACGGAUACAGUCACAAAAAUGGAAUGGUUUAUAGACGUUAGAGUAUGGAUGAUAAUAGUGAUGUUUGUUUCACUAUCCCAAAAAUCUGAGGAAUCAUGUGAAAUGUUCGCAAAAACCACAACAAUCUUCAGAAUGGAGAGAGUUCUAUACAGAUAUGUCGCUUGUACCAAUAUGACUGUCGACAACGAUCUUCGAGAUGAAAUUAUUUCCAAACUCAAUGAUUCCCACCAGUACCUUGAAGUUACCAAGAGUAAUAUCCCAAUCAUUACCAAAAACAUGUUUCAGACUCUCAAUCUUACUCAGAUCACAGUAGAGGCGAAAGUUCAAGUGGUCCAAGGAAAGGCAUUCGAACGAGCCAACAUCUCCAACAUAAUCAUGGACAAUAACGAUAUUAAAAAACUGGAAAGCGGUGCUUUCAACUCUUACAAUAUUUUUGUCUUGAGCUUGCGAAACAAUUCACUUACUGAAAUUUCUACUUCUACCUUUUCUGGUUUGGCCAAUUUGAGAAAGCUCACUCUUCAGAAUAAUCAGAUUUCCGUAAUCCAACCAGGGUCUUUCAAUGAUCUAGAGGGCUUGAAUGAAUUGAACUUAGGUUUCAACAAAUUGACUGUGCUACAACCAAAUCUGUUCGAUAAACUGCAAAAUAUGCAGACAAUAUAUCUCAAUAAUAACCUCUUGAAACAGUUGCCCGUGGAUGUUUUCUCUAAAAAUGGCAUCCUUCAAUACCUCAGUAUUCAAAACAACCUUUUGAUCCAAUUGGAUGCCACUGUUUUCCCACAAGCUUUAUUGUAUAUAAAUGCAGCAGAGAAUAAUUUAAAAUCUUUCAAUAUGUCCGGCUUGAUAAAUCUCGACAGAAUAGUAUUAGACUCAAAUAAAUUAACAACAAUUGUGAACUGUCUCAACAAUUUACCAUCGCUGAGUUUCCUGCACCUGAACCAUAACUAUCUUGAAAUUUCUGUUCCUACAAAAUAUUUUGAACACUUGUCAAAAUUAUCUAUUUUAGAAAUCGAUAACAACCAUUUGGUGAGAGUAGACUUUUCGAUAUUCAGGUACCUGAUGAAGUUAGAAGGCUUAUCAUUGGCAGAAAAUAACCUAACAAGUCUAGAUGUAACCGACAUAAAUACUUCUAUCAAACACUUAAAUUUGAGUGGUAAUAGUCUUGUCGGCAUAAAGAAUCUAUGGAGAUUGAGUAACUUGGAUAAACUUGAACUAGGCUACAACAGUUUACAGGAAAUAACUUUUGACAUGUUCGCGAAUAUAUCUCUCCUGCGACAUCUAUGGUUGCAGCACAACUCGAUACGUGAGCUCCAUUUGGGGUGUUUUAGAGACUUAAAAUCACUUACUCACCUGAAUCUAAGUUACAACAGUAUAACCAACAUAACGCCUGGCAUUCUAACUGGACUCAAUAGCUUGAUUGAGCUAGAUAUCAGCCAUAACAAUCUAGUAAUAUUUGAUGAGGACAGUUUCCAUAACACAAGAAGUCUCCGAUUCUUAAAUAUAGCACACAACAAUCUGAGUAAUGUCGACAUUAGAGGAAUACUGUCGCACACAAUUUGGUUAAGAGAAAUAAAUCUCAAUGGAAAUAACUGGACCUGUAAAAUGUUGAUAGACAUAGAACAAGGCAGCAAAAUAAUAUCCUUUGUUGGUGGCAACUCAUUUAAUGUCAGUAACGUUUAUGGGGUUCCUUGCAUCCACAAACCAAGUGAAAAUGAAAACGGAACAGGCAAGGAAUUAGAAUUUCAGCUGACGAACAUUCUUGAGGUUUUGAAUUCCACAAUGCAAUACACAAGGAGUAUUCAUUUCACAAUGAGUGUUUUGAAUUACAUUAUGGCUAUAUUUUUUUGUUUGGUUGGUCUAAAAUAUGUUUACGAUAAGUAUUCGUCUACAAUAGCCGCAGCACAACAAUUUGUAUAUCGCCCAGCUGCAAACGAGCAGGAAAUACAGCUUUUAUGAAAAUAUACCUACCUGACUUUUCAAAUGACAGAAAAGUUUAAUACGCGGUCCUCAGCCCACAUUUUCGAAAAAACAAAUGGAAAUAUACCUAAGUUAUUUAUGAAUUCAUCAAACUGUUUUCAAUUCUUGUUUUCAUAUUACAACCAACAAUUUGGUGUUAUCUUUUUAUUAUAUAACUGACUGAAUAAAUUAAAAUAUUGUUU